UGCUCGUGCAGUGAUGGGACCUCAGUCCGUUAGCAGACACCACAGCCUCCUCCUCCUCCUCCUCCGCUUCCAUCAUGGCUCCCUCGGUAGACAGGCAGGGAUACUGGGGCCGGCCGACCUCAACGCUGGACUGGUGCGAGGAAAACUAUGUCGCGUCUUUCUACAUGGCGGAAUUCUGGAAUACUGUCAGCAACCUGAUUAUGAUCCUUCCUCCCAUCUGCGGGGCCAUCCAGACAUAUCGUGACGGCCUCGAGUUCCGCUACACCUGCUCUUUCCUCGGGCUCGCAGCUGUUGGUGUUGGGUCCUGGUGCUUCCACAUGACGCUGCUGUAUGAGAUGCAGCUACUGGACGAGUUGCCAAUGAUUUACAGCACAUGUGUCUUCGUCUACUGUCUAUAUGAGUGCUUCAAAGAAAAAAACAGAAUUAGUUUAUUACCUAUUGCACUUUUAAUAAUCUUCAGCGUCACAGUGACUGUGGUUUACUUACAGUGGAAGGAGCCAGUGUUCCACCAGGUCAUGUAUGGAGCUCUAGUAGCUUGUCUAGUGAUGCGCUCCAUCUACAUUGUUACGUGGGUGUACCCCUGGCUCAGACCGCUGUGUUAUACCUCCUUGGGGAUCUUCCUGUUAGGAUUUCUACUGUGGAACAUUGACAAUAUCUUCUGUGACUCAUUGAGAGCCAGCAGGAAAACACUGCCCCCUGGUGUUGGAGUAGUAACACAGUUCCAUGCCUGGUGGCACAUCUUCACAGGCCUGGGAUCCUACCUGCACAUACUUCUCAGCCUGCAGUUCAGGUUAACCUACCUCCAGCACAGACCAAAAGUAACGUUCCUGUGUGGAGUUUGGCCCACGUUGAACAUCGAACCACAGAAGAUGAGCUGAGUUGAAGGGAUGGGCAGCGGCUUGAGGAUGGUGACUGCCAUAAUCCACACACCAUCGGCACAGGGACCUGCCAGUGCUCGCUGCUGGGAGCUCAGCCACCAGGCAGGGGGCAGGUGGACCCUCAGACACCACCCCAGGGAGCCUUCUGUUCUGCACUAUGGGGAUUUACUAAGUACAGAAUAGCACUGAUUCCAGUUUUAAAAAGUGGAAGAAUUUUCCUCAUCAAUCCCGACUUAUUAGACUAGAUUUUCUGUAUCUUUGUUGUAAUUUCAUUUAAUUUUCAGUGCAAAAAUGAUGUGUAGUCCACUGCACUGGUAACUGUUGAAUAUGUUACAGUUGUUAGCUUGAUUAGAGUUUGGGGAACGUGUGCACAUUAGCUUAUUAAUCGUGGUAUGUUCGAUUCUGUGAAUGUUUGAAUCCCCAUUAGCCCAAUGGUAUCAAAUAGAUCCCUAAGCUAAAGUUUUAAAUAAGACUAUUGCUUAUGUGUAGUUUCAAAAGGAGCUAAAGGAGCUGGAUCAACAACUCAGUGUUUUCAUAUCCCUUUUCCAGGAGUCUCAUAUUGUGUUUGUUUGUGCUCACUACAUGUGAGGGGACACUAACUACCAGCUAAAAAGUCUAGUCUAACGUAGGGCUGAGUCACAAAAUUAAAUAUCUGCAAUGAGUUUAUUACAUUACAUUACAUUUAGCUGACGCGUUUAUCCAAAGCAACUUACAAUAAGUGCAUUCAACCAUGAGGGUACGAACCGAGAACAACAAGAAUCAAGAAAGUACAAUUGUCUUCAAGAAAGCCAGACUACAAAGUGCUAUAAGUAAGUGCCAUUUAAGUGCUACAAUUUUUUUUUGUUUAAACUAAAGUUUAAAUAAUAUUUAGUAUAUAGCCCUACUUCUAUCCGAGGAGUGCAGUAGUGAUACCAGAAACCUUGUGUAGCAGCUCCUCAGCAGUCCGUGUUUGUAAACGUGCACCAUGCGGCCGAGGUGUUGUUCAAUCAUUCAGGCUUCAUUUUCAUAUAAAUACUGGAAAUCUUCUUUUUUUAUUUUGCUGUUGUUGCCAAAGUCGCUCUGGGAUUUAAAACGUUCAUGUAAUUAUACCUCUUUAAAAACAAAUUAGAAAUGCAGCGCUUACAAAAAAGUUUUGCUACUAAACGUCAUUGCACUGACUUUUCGCUUUUGUUCAGGACCGGGUUAAACUUUGUUCAGCUAUAUGUUGCAGAACAAAGUUUAACAAGUUAUGUUAAAUCUGUAUUACAUCUACAUCCUUUAUGUAGUUGUUUAAGUUCACACAAGUUCGUGGUCUCUGAAGGACCAAGGCCCGAGGGCCACUUUUCAAACAGACAGGGUUAGGGUUAGGGUUAGGGUUAGGGUUAGAAACCACUUUGUUGGGAUCUGACCAGUGACUAUUGAGUGUGAUCAAACAUCAGUGGAAAGGCACCAUGUAUUGUAACUGGAACCAUUAUCCCUGGUCAGAUUAUUACAGCUGAUGAGUUCGGCUCACAUGGACGGCAGGAUGAGUGUGAUAGUUGAAACCCAGUGACCUAAACCACCACACAAAGAUAAACUCUUUACGAAGCUUUUUUUUAAAAUUAUUAUAAUAGUUGAUAAUCAAGGGACCAAGUGCAAGUAUGGAACAUAUCUGAAUGAUGCAUCUUAUUAAGCUGCAGGGAAUGAAGCCCUAGACACAGCCAGUUCCGGGAAGCCUACACUCCCCUGCUUCCUUUAUUUUCACAACACUGAACAGUAUUGUCUCCCGAGCUAAGGAUUACUUGAUUUAAAUCAAAAGCUUUGAAGUCAUUUUACCUAUUGAUACAAAACUCCAACAUCUCCCCAAAAUAUUGCUAGAUUUUAUUUAUUUCUUCUUUCAUUUAUCGACAAUGUGGCAUCAAGAUGAAAAGUAGAACGGCAAAUGAUCACCUUGCAGAGGAGUUGAACAGUCUCUGAUACAGCCACUAGGUGGCAGAAUUAUCCAGUUUAUUUCAGACAUUGCCAAGCAGAUAACCCUACUUAUAGCGACUCAGAAAGACACUAAUGAUCUGAGGCCUGAGUUUUCAUGUGCUGGAUCUGUGGUGGAAAAUGAAGGGCUUUUUAUUUACAAUUUUUGUUCGGUACUGUGAAAUCGUGGACAUGUCGUGGUAACAAUAGAACUUGAGGUAACUGGUGAACUGGAAGAUGCACAACAUGAUCGCUGUAUGAAGACACGGCAGGUAUUAUCUCCUGCAUUGAUUUUCAUUAUUCAUUCAUACACACCUUGUCACUAACCUGUAUAUGCCUGAGUGUAACAGCUGCUUAGAGCCAGUGUUACUAGCAUUGAAAAGCACAGAAGUACAAUGUAUGGAAGAGAAGUAUUAACGUCUCUGUGUGUGUUAUCACAGCUCAUCAGCUGUCAAAGAGGGUGCCUUAUUGUUAUCCUUGCAGUGUAAUCCAAGUUGCCUUGACGUUCGUGAUAAACCACUGAAGUCGUCCUCUGUGUUUUGCAAUGUGUCCUUCCCCCCUGGUUAUUAGCAGUCAAAGCAUCAGGAGGUCGAACAACAACAGCUUCGAAUGCAAAGUGUGUGCCCGAGUCUUUGGCCUUCCAUUCAUUUCAUGUGUCCAACAGCUGAGUUACAGGUCGUUCUACUGAUUUUAACUGUAGUUGAAACACUUCCUAUACUUUCGUGUUGAGGCAAGAAGAGCUGUUUUAUUUUAGCUGAACUUUGUUUCAGUCUUUGAUGAUGCCCUGUAUUGUCAAAAUAAAAGGAAAUGUUUCAGACUAAAA